CUUGGUUGUUUGAAGGACCACCUGUGGCCAUCUUACCAAGAAGUUUCUUUGAUGGCUCCACCAUACGUUGGAAUGACAUGAAGACAAAGAACAGAUCAUGUCACCGCUCAGUCUUCUCUCCAAGCUGAGAAAGAUCAUAUCUAGGAUUGGGAUUCAUGUGCUGCUUUGAUGCUUGGUUGUUUGAAGGACCACCUGUGUCCAUCUGAAAUCCUUCCACCACAUGGAACUAUGUCCAGUUCUGGACAAAGACAUUCAAGAAAGAGUUGGACAAGUUGGAAGGUGUCUGGAGAAAUGGUCAAAAGUUUGAAAGCCAUGACUCCCACGGCUUGGUUGUUUGAAGGACCACCUGUGUCUAUCUGAAAUCCUUCCACCGCCUGGAACCAUGUCCAGUUCUGAGCAAAGCCAUUCAAGAAAGAGGUGGACAAGUUGGAAGGUGUCCGGAGAAAUGGUCAAAAGUCUGAAAGCCAUGACUCCCACGGCUUGGUUGUUUGAAGGACCACCUGUGUCUAUCUGAAAUCCUUCCACCGCCUGGAACCAUGUCCAGUUCUGAGCAAAGCCAUUCAAGAAAGAGGUGGACAAGUUGGAAGAUAUCCGGAGAAAUGGUCAAAAGUUUGAAAGCCAUGACUCCCACAGCUUGGUUGUUUGAAGGACCACCUGUGUCUAUCUGAAAUCCUUCCACCGCCUGGAACUAUGUCCAGUUCUGGGCAAAGCCAGUCAAGAAAGAGUUGGACAAGUUGGAAGGUGUCUGGAGAAAUGGUCAAAAGUUUGAAAGCCAUGAUUCCCAAGGCUUGGUUGUUUGAAGGACCACCUGUGUCUAUCUGAAAUCCUUCCACCGCCUGGAACUAUGUCCAGUUCUGGGCAAAGCCAGUCAAGAAAGAGGUGGACAAGUUGGAAGGUGUCUGGAGAAAUGGUCAAAAGUUUGAAAGCCAUGACUCCCAAGACUUGGUUGUUUGAAGGACCACCUGUGUCCAUCUGAAAUCCUUCCACCACCUGGAACUAUGUCCAGUUCUGAGCAAAGCCAGUCAAGAAAGAGGUGGACAAGUUGGAAGGUGUCCGGAGAAAUGGUCAAAAGUUUGAAAGCCAUGACUCCCAAGACUUGGUUGUUUGAAGGACCACCUGUGUUCAUCUGAAAUCCUUCCACCACCUGGAACUAUGUCCAGUUCAGUCAAGAAAAUGUUGGACAAAUUGGAAAGUGUCUGGAGAAAUGAUCAAAGGUCUGAAGACCAUGGCUUCCAAGGCUCAUGGAGUUGAAGGUGUUUGGUAUAGAGAAGAGAAGAGAAUCAAAUGGUCAGAAAAGAGAUUCCUCCUAAACAUUAGGAAGAACUUAAUGAUGGUCAGAGAGGUUUAACAGUGGGACAUGCUUCUGCUGGGAAGUCAGUUGGAUUCCCCUUCUCUGGUGUCAGUGGGGUUGGCCUGGAUGGCCCAUUAGGUCUCUUCCAUUAGGAUAAGAGUGAGUAGGACCUCUCUGGAGCAGAGCCAGCAUGGAGUAGUGCUCCAUGAAGUUCUGAAGUUGAUGUCCAUCUGCUCUGCAUCUAAGACCCAACCGGGGUGGUGCAUAAUGUCCACCACAUCCGCUCGCGUGGCCUUGGCACGUUGGGCAUCACACCACCAAGACAUCAACACAGGGGACAGCUCGCAUAACGUUGCAUAAUGUCUUGGGUCUCUGUCAUGCGGAUCUGCUGAGGGUGGAGCCCAACCGGAAAUUUCCUUAAAAAUAGAGGAGAGAAAGGCUCCUUUCUUUGCCGCGAACGCCUGCUAAUCAAUUACUUUGGGGACAGAGAACAGAUAAAGCCACUCUGUCUUCCGACGUGAAGCCGAGGAGGAGCCGGGAGUUGCUACAAAGAGAGGCUCCGAGACGGAUGCCGGCCCUUCAGGCUCCAAGACUCAAAAGAGUGGAGAAGGAAGGAGGAGAGACGGAGACGAGAGGCCAUCCAACCCAACAAAGACCCAGAAGAGAGAACCUCGGGGUCGUUGCGAGAAAACAGAAGGUCCCGCUUGGCUGAUUCGGCCGAACUAAACUCUCGGAUCUGCGGUGAAAAGUCUCCCUGUUUCAUCUCACCUCCAAUGGAUCCUUGAGAAGACCACAAAGCUAUUUGGAGAAGGAGUUGGAGGACAACAAGGCAUUUCUGUGGAGAUCUUCCACCACAUUGUCCAGAAGAUGUACACGGUCCACAAUGCCACGCUGGCUGGCAACCUAUCCGUCAAUGGGACCGAAGGGGGCAACUGCUCCACCGACAAUCCACUGAUGAUCCCCCACGAAGUCUUCCUGAUCCUGGGUGCCAUCAGCUUCGUGGAGAACCUUCUGGUGGUGGCCGCCAUCGCGAAGAACCACAACCUGCACUCCCCGAUGUACUACUUCAUCUGCUGCCUGGCCAUGUCGGACAUGCUGGUGAGCAUCAGCAACGUGGUGGAGACCUUCUUCAUGCUGCUCAACGACCACGGCCUGUUGUUGUUGGGGAAAUCCACCAUAAAGCACAUGGACAUCAUCAUGGACAUGCUGAUCUGCAGUUCCCUGCUCUCCUCGCUGUCCUUCCUCAGCGUCAUCGCCAUCGACCGCUACAUCACCAUCUUCUACGCCUUGCGCUACCACAACAUCAUGACCUUCCAGCGGGCGCUGGCCCUCAUCCUGUCCAUUUGGGCGGUCUGCUUCGUGGCCAGUAUCGUCUUCAUCCUCAACGACAGCCCGGCGGUGAUCACCUGCCUGGUGGUCUUCUUCGUGGCCGUGGUCACCCUCAUCCUGGCACUCUACACCCACAUGUUCAUCCUGGCCCGCCAUCACGCCCGGCGCAUGUCCCACAUCCCCAAGAAGCAGAACUCCCCACAGAUGUCCAGCAUGAAAGGGGCCAUCACCCUCACCAUCCUCUUGGGGGUCUUCCUGAUCUGCUGGGGGCCCUUCUUCCUCCACCUGACCCUCAUCAUCAUCUGCCCCUUCCGCUGCGCCUGCUACUUCAACUACUUCAGCCUCUACCUCAUCCUCAUCAUCUGCAACUCCGUGGUGGACCCCGUCAUCUACGCCUUCCGGAGCCAGGAGCUCAAGAGGACUUUGAAGGACAUGCUGUUCUUGGUUUGGUAGAAGGAAGGAUGGAGAAAGGUGAGGAAGGAAAGAAGGAAGGGAGGAGAAAGGGAAGGAAACUAUGGAGGAAGGGUUAGAUAUUGGAAAGGGGAUCCCGUUGAGGAGAAGACAACCAGCUUGUUUUCUGUAGGACUCAAUGGAUCCAUGGAUUCAAGAGAUUGAUGGUGGAGUCAAGAGAUUCCACCUAAACAUUGGUGGCUCUCUAUCAAAGCUGGACCUUCUGCCUUUCCUUAGAACCCAAGGAACACAAACUCUCGCAAGUGGAUAUGGACAGACAAGUGGACAGAGAUGGUGGAGAAACCUAAACUUUCCUGGUCAGUAUUCCUUUGCUCUUCCAAUGCCGUGCCCCAGCUCCUUGAGUGGCGUGGCUCGUUGGCUCCUGAAAGCAAUUUUGUUCCACCUAAAAACUAAUCUCAACCCUUGUCAGAGUUCCUCUUUGCUUCUCUUCGCCAUUGGGAAAGGAGGGAAGGUGGAAUGAAGGUAAGACUACAAGAUCACCUUCUUCUCAGUCCCCAAACUUCUAGGGAGCUUUAACAUUAAGCUCCUUCUCCCCUCCAAGACCUUCUCAGUCCCGAAAGUUCUAGAGAACUUCAACAUUGAGCUCCUGCUCCCCUCCAAGACUUUCUCAGUCCCCAAACUUCUAGAGAACUUCAACAUUGAGUUCUUGCUCCCCUCCAAGACCUUCUCCUUCUCAGUCCCCAAACUUCUAGGGAACUUUAACAUUGAGCUCCUGCUCCCCUCCAAGACCACCUUCUUCUCAGUCCCCAAACUUCUAGAGAACUUCAACAUUGAGCUCCUGCUCCCCUCCAAGACCUUCUUCUUCUCAGUCCCCAAACUUCUAGGGAACUUCAACAUUGAGCUCUUGCUCCCCUCCAAGACCUUCUUCUUCUCUGUCUCCAAAGUUCUAGGGAACUUCAACACUGAGCUCCUGCUCCCCUCCAAAACCUUCUUCUUCUCAUUCCCAAACUUCUAGGGAACUGCAACACUGAGCUCCUUCUCCCCUCCAAGACCUUCUCAGUCCCCAAACUUCUAGAGAACUUCAACAUUGAGUUCCUUCUCCCCUCCAAGACCUUCUCAGUCCCCAAACUUCUAGAGAACUUCAACACUGAGCUCCUUCUCCCCUCCAAGACCUUCUCAGUCCCCAAACUUCUAGAGAACUUCAACAUUGAGUUCCUUCUCCCCUCCAAGACCUUCUCAGUCCCCAAACUUCUAGAGAACUUCAACACUGAGCUCCUUCUCCCCUCCAAGACCUUCUCAGUCCCCAAACUUGUAGAGAACUUCAACACUGAGCUCCUUCUCCCCUCCAAGACCUUCUCAGUCCCCAAACUUCUAGAGAACUUCAACAUUGAGUUCCUUUUCCCCUCCAAGACCUUCUCAGUCCCCAAACUUCUAGAGAACUUCAACAUUGAGUUCCUUUUCCCCUCCAAGACCUUCUCAGUCCCCAAACUUCUAGAGAACUUCAACACUGAGCUUUGCAUCCCAGUGUUUCCCAUACACUGAUCUUCCAAGUGUUUUGGACUUCAGCUCCCGGAAUCCCUGUUCAUUGGCCAACACAACUGUGGCUUCUGGGAGCUGAAGUCCAAAACACCUGGAAGGCCAGAAAUUUGGGGAUUUCUAACAUUUUAGAGGUGCCCCCGGUGGUGCAGCCCCUGGUUAAUGUCAGACUUAAUGUCAGGGGAGAAUCUUUAUCUCCUGAAGUGCUUCAGAGAUUAUAUACAGUAGAGUCUCACUUAUCCAAGCCUCGCUUAUCCAAGCUUCUGGAUUAUCCAAGCCAUUUUUGUAGUCAGUGUUUUCAAUAUAUCGUGAUAUUUUGGUGCUAAAUUUGUAAAUACAGUAAUUACAACAUAACAUUACUGCGUAUUGAAGUACUUUUUCUGUCAAAUGUGUUGUAUAACAUGAUGUUUUGGUGCUUAAUUUGUAAAAUCAUAACCUAAUUUGAUGCUGAAUAGGCUUUUCCUUAAGCCCUCCUUAUUAUCCAAGAUAUUCGCUUAUCCAAGCUUCUGCCGGCCCGUUUAGCUUGGAUAAGUGAGACUCUACUGUAUCUGUAAAUUAUAGGAACCAAGCCCAACCCAGUUAGUAAAAACAACUGUUGUUGUUAUUAUAAUCAAAAUCUUCAUUUGGGAGCUCCGAUGACGCAGUAGGUUAAACUGCUGAGGUGCUGAACUGGCUGACGGAAAGGUUGGCUAUUCGAAUCUGCGGAGUGGGGUGAGCUCCCGCUGUUAGCCCCAGCUUCUGCCAACCUGUCAGUUCGAAAACAGGCAAGCAUGAGUAGAUCAAUAGGUACCGCUCAGGCGGGAAGGUAAUGGCACUGAGAAAUGGCAGUGAAAGUGCUAAGAGCCACAGUGGCGAAAUGGGUUAAACCCUUGAGCCAGCUGAACUGCUGACCUGAAGGUUGGGUUGCGGACCUGAAGGUCGCUGUUUGAAUCCGUGAGACGGGGUGAGCUCCCGUCAGUCAGCUCUAGCUUGCGGGGACACGAGAGAAGCCUCCCAGCAGGAUGGUAACACAUCCGGGCAAUGUCCCCUGGGCAACGUCUAUGUAGACGGCCGAUUCUCUCACCCCAGAAGCGAUUUGCAGUAUGUUCUCAUGUCAUUUCUGACAGUGAAAGUGGUAUUAAACUGCAUUGAUUAUAAAGUGUAGAUGCACGCAAAGAGAGCCAGCCAGAAAACAGAUCAAAACCCACGCUCUUUCUUGCUUCCUUGCCUUUUGUGUUCCACUGAGUUUGGAUUGAUGCCGCAUCCAGAACUCUCUGUUUUUCUAAACUGGAUGAUGUGUAGUCAUCCGAAUCGACUUUCCAAUCCUUCCUUAUUGACAAAGGGAAAAUCAGUUGUUGCGGCCAUGAUGCUUUGGGCUCUAUGGAUUGCUUGAGAUGGAAAUGCAGCAAGGACUGACGAUGCAACCCAGUUGCUUUGAAUCUGGGGGUGUAAAUAAAAUAAUGAUGAUGAUAAUAAUAAUAAUGCAUAUGCAUGUAUCAAAGGAUCUUCUGUAUAGAAAUAAUAAUAAUAAUAAAGCUGAGUUUUGUGGA